CCCGGAGCCCGCAAACAUGUCGGCGCCGCUGGGGCCGCGGGGCCGCCCGGGGGCCGCCGCUCCCCAGCCGGCCGACAUGCCCGACCUCAGCCACCUCACGGAGGAGGAGCGGAGGAUCAUCCAGGCCGUCAUGGAGCGGCAGAAGAAGGAGGAGGAGAAGGAGCAGUCGGUGCUCAAGGUCAAAGAAGAAAACAAACCUCAGCCGACACAGUGGUUUCCCUUUAGUGGGAUCACUGAACUGGUAAAUAACGUUCUUCAGCCCCAGCAAAAACAGCAAAAUGAAAAGGAACCGCAGACAAAGCUUCAUCAGCAGUUUGAGAUGUACAAGGAACAGGUAAAGAAGAUGGGCGAGGAGUCGCAGCAGCAGCAAGAGCAGAAGGGGGACGCCCCCACCUGCGGGAUCUGCCACAAGACCAAGUUCGCGGAUGGCUGCGGCCACAACUGUUCCUACUGCCAAACCAAGUUCUGUGCAAGGUGCGGAGGCCGAGUGUCCCUGCGUUCCAACAAGGAGGACAAAGUGGUUAUGUGGGUAUGUAAUUUGUGCCGAAAACAACAAGAAAUCCUCACUAAAUCAGGAGCAUGGUUUUAUAAUAGUGGAUCUCAUACAUCACAGCAACCUGACCCAAAGGUUUUUCGAGGACUGAGGAAUGAGGAGGCGCCUCAGGAGAAGAAAGCAAAGCUUCAUGAACAGGCCCACUUCCAAGGACCCUCAGGUGACUUAUCUGUACCUGCAGUGGAGAAAAGUCGAUCUCAUGGGCUCACAAGACAGGAUUCUAUUAAAAAUGGGUCAGGAAUGAAGCACCAAAUUGCCAGUGACAUAGCUACAGACAGGCAAAGGAGCCCUUCGGUGUCUAGAGAUCAGAACAGGAGGUACGACCAGAGGGACGACAGAGACGACUAUUCCCAAUAUGCCCCUCUCGACAGCGCCAUGCCCGGGUCUCCCUCCGAUUACUCCGACCUGCGUUCUCAGCGGGAGCCCCAGUACCAUGACGACUCUGAUCAUAUGAAUUAUAGGGACUCCAGCAGGAGAAGCCGCCGGCAUUCCCCAGAGUACCUGGAGGAUGACGAGGAGGUGGAGAGCAGAGACGAGUAUGAAAGACAAAGGCGGGAGGAGGAGUACCAGGCCCGCUACCGGAGCGACCCCAACCUGGCCCGUUACCCCGUCAAGCCGCAGCCCUAUGAAGAACAGAUGCGCAUCCAUGCAGAGGUGUCCCGCGCCCGGCACGAGAGGAGGCACAGCGACGUGUCCCUGGCCAAUGCCGAGCUGGAGGAUGCCAGGCUGUCCAUGCUAAGGAUGGACCGCCCGUCGAGGCAGAGAUCUAUCUCGGAACGCCGGGCUGCCCUGGAGAACCAACGCUCCUAUUCGAUGGAGAGAACUCGAGAGGCCCAAGGGCCCAGCUCCUACCCACCAAGGACCACAAACCAUAGUCCUCCGACCCCCCGCAGGAGCCCCAUCCCCAUUGACAGACCAGACUUGAGAAGUGCUGACUCCAUCAGGAAGCAGCACCAUUUAGACCCUAGCUCGGCUGUCAGGAAAACCAAACGGGAAAAAAUGGAAACCAUGCUAAGGAACGAUUCUCUGAGCUCAGACCAGUCCGAGUCAGUGCGGCCUCCACCACCAAAGCCUCAUAAGUCCAAGAAAGGAGGUAAAAUGCGCCAGGUAUCAUUGAGCAGUUCAGAGGAAGAAUUAGCUUCCACUCCUGAAUAUACAAGUUGUGAUGAUGUUGAGAUUGAAAGUGAGAGUGUGAGUGAAAAAGGGGACAGUCGAAAGGGAAAAAGAAAAACUAGUGAGCAGGCAGUUUUGUCGGACUCUAACACCAGGUCUGAGAAACAAAAGAAAAUGAUGUACUUUGGUGGCCACUCUCUGGAAGAGGAUUUGGAAUGGUCUGAGCCUCAGAUUAAGGAUUCUGGGGUAGAUACGUGUAGUAGCACAACCCUUAAUGAAGAACAUAGCCAUAGUGAUAAGCACCCUGUGACAUGGCAACCAUCCAAAGAUGGAGAUCGUUUAAUUGGUCGUAUUUUAUUAAAUAAACGUUUAAAAGAUGGAAGUGUACCGCGAGACUCAGGAGCAAUGCUUGGCUUAAAGGUUGUAGGAGGAAAGAUGACUGAAUCAGGUCGCCUCUGUGCAUUUAUUACCAAAGUGAAAAAGGGAAGUUUAGCUGACACGGUAGGCCAUCUUAGACCAGGUGAUGAGGUGCUAGAAUGGAAUGGCAGACUAUUGCAAGGAGCCACAUUUGAGGAAGUAUAUAACAUCAUUCUGGAAUCUAAACCCGAGCCACAGGUGGAACUUGUGGUUUCAAGGCCAAUUGGAGAUAUACCUAGAAUACCUGAUAGCACACAUGGGCAACUAGAGUCCAGUUCGAGUUCAUUUGAAUCUCAGAAAAUGGACCGUCCCUCUAUUUCUGUUACCUCUCCCCUGAGUCCCGGCCUGCUGCGAGAUGUCCCGCAGUUCCUGUCUGGGCAGCUCUCAAUAAAACUAUGGUUUGACAAGGUUGGUCACCAGUUAAUAGUUACAAUUUUGGGAGCCAAGGAUCUCCCUUCCAGGGAAGACGGGAGACCAAGGAAUCCUUAUGUUAAAAUUUACUUUCUUCCAGACAGAAGUGACAAAAACAAGAGAAGAACUAAAACUGUAAAGAAAACAUUGGAACCCAAAUGGAACCAAACAUUCAUUUAUUCUCCAGUUCACCGAAGAGAGUUUCGGGAACGAAUGUUGGAGAUUACCCUUUGGGAUCAAGCGCGAGUUAGAGAAGAAGAAAGUGAAUUCUUAGGGGAGAUCUUAAUUGAAUUGGAAACUGCGUUACUAGAUGACGAGCCUCACUGGUACAAACUCCAGACCCACGACAUCUCUUCCUUGCCGCUGCCCCACCCUUCCCCAUACAUGCCUCGUCGCCAGCUCCAUGGUGAAAGCCCAACGCGGAGAUUGCAAAGGUCAAAGAGAAUAAGUGACAGUGAAGUUUCUGACUAUGACUGUGAUGAUGGAAUUGGUGUGGUAUCAGGGUCCCCUCACCGAGUGGAUGCGGGAGGAAGGACUAGAUCAUGGUCCCCUAGCGUUCCUCCUCCACAAAGUCGGAAUGUGGAACAGGGACUUCGAGGCACACGCUCUGCCACUGGACAUUACAAUACAAUUAGCCGGAUGGACAGGCAUCGUGUAGCGGAUGACCAUUAUUCUCCAGACAGAGACAGGGAUUGCGAAGCAGCAGCUAGACAGCCAUAUCACAGAUCCAGAUCAACAGAACAGCGGCCUCUCCCGGAGCGGACCACCGCCCGCUCCAGAUCCACUGAGCGUCCUGACUCAAACCUCAUGAGGUCGAUGCCUUCAUUAAUGACGGGAAGAUCUGCCCCUCCUUCACCUGCCUUAUCGAGGUCACAUCCUCGCACUGGGUCUGUCCAGACCAGCCCGUCAAGUACUCCCAUGGCAGGAAGACGGGGCCGACAGCUUCCACAACUCCCCACCAAGGGAACCCUGGAGAGAAGUGCUAUGGAUAUAGAGGAGAGAAAUCGCCAAAUGAAAAUUAACAAAUACAAACAGGUAGCCGGAUCAGAUCCCAGACUGGAGCAAGAUUACCAUUCAAAGUAUCGAUCAGGAUGGGAUCCUCAUAGAGGGGCAGAUAAUAUUUCCACUAAAUCCUCGGACAGUGAUGUAAGUGACAUAUCUGCGGUUUCAAGGACUAGUAGUGCUUCUCGUUUCAGCAGCACAAGCCACAUGUCCGUCCAAUCAGAACGGCCCAGAGGAAACAAGAAAAUCAGUGUCUUUACCUCCAAAAUGCAAAGCAGACAAAUGGGCAUUUCGGGGAAGAACAUGACCAAGAGCACCAGCAUCAGUGGAGACAUGUGCUCACUGGAGAAGAAUGACGGCAGCCAGUCAGACACGGCCGUGGGCACCCUGGGCUCCAGCGGCAAGAAGCGUCACUCUAGCCUGGGGGCCAAGAUGGUGGCCAUCGUGGGCCUAUCCCGGAAGAGCCGCAGCGCCUCCCAGCUCAGCCAAACGGAGGCAGGGGGUAAAAAGCUCCGGAGCACUGUCCAGAGGAGUACAGAGACAGGCCUGGCUGUGGAAAUGAGAAACUGGAUGACUCGACAGGCAAGCCGAGAAUCAACAGAUGGCAGCAUGAACAGCUAUAGUUCGGAAGGAAAUCUUAUUUUCCCCGGUGUCCGCUUGGCCUCUGACAGUCAAUUCAGCGAUUUCCUGGAUGGCCUUGGUCCAGCCCAGCUUGUGGGACGCCAGACUCUGGCUACACCUGCAAUGGGCGACAUUCAGGUGGGCAUGAUGGACAAAAAGGGACAGUUGGAGGUGGAAAUCAUUCGGGCUCGUGGCCUCGUUGUAAAACCAGGUUCCAAGACACUGCCAGCACCAUAUGUCAAGGUGUAUCUAUUAGAUAAUGGAGUCUGCAUAGCCAAAAAGAAGACAAAAGUGGCAAGAAAAACACUGGAACCUCUCUACCAGCAGCUAUUAUCCUUUGAAGAGAGUCCCCAAGGGAAGGUUUUACAGAUCAUUGUCUGGGGAGAUUAUGGCCGCAUGGAUCACAAAUCUUUUAUGGGAGUGGCCCAGAUACUAUUAGAUGAAUUGGAGCUAUCCAACAUGGUGAUCGGCUGGUUUAAACUUUUCCCCCCAUCUUCCCUAGUAGAUCCAACUUUGGCCCCUCUGACAAGACGAGCUUCCCAAUCAUCUCUGGAAAGUUCAACCGGACCUUCUUAUUCUCGUUCAUAGCAUCCGUAAAACUGUUGUCAUAACAACCAGCGUUACAAAAAUAUAAGAAGAAGAAAAGACAAAAUUAAGAAAGAAAAAUCACAGGUCGCAAACCCUGGUAACACUGCAUGCUUCCUGUCGUGUCUUCUGAGCCUGUUUCUCCGGAUACAGAGUACCCUGUGUUCUCAGAGGAAGUCGCACACAUUGUGCCCUACAAGAAGACCCUCAGGUGAAAGAGCAGAGCCAUGAAGGACUUGUAGUUCAAUCAUACUCAAGUUGUGGUCCAAUCUGAAGCCAUGGAUUAAUCUCAAAGAAUCAGUCCGUUUCAUGCAACAAAAGCCCUUUUCAAUGGCACCUUUAUAUUUUUAUCGCUCCUUUUUCUUCAUUGCUCUGGCCCCCACCCCCCCCCCCAGCUUCUCCGCCACCCCCAAGCCCCGUUAUGCCACAGAAAUGGAGCUCUACUGCCCUUGCACGAAGCUACAAGGCAAGGGAAGAAAUUCAUCAGGGGAAGCAAGACACCCAAGAAGUGGUCCAGGACUAACGGUCAGCCUUCCUCUGGCCAGGGACCAGGAGCUCCUAUGGGCCCACCAUUCUCCAUGCCAAGUUGUGUUGGACUCUGAAAAUCAAAAUUCUGUGGCUACACUGUACUGAAUGAAAUUAAAGAAACUUUUUUUUGCAUGGACACCGAUUAGCUGAAUACUUAAAUUAUUUUCUUGGG